ACACACUAGGAAUUUAAAUAUAAUCUUGACUGCUUCAUUUGCUACAAAUGUCAAUAACUUCGACAGAAAGCAACAUAAUCGGCUUAUUCAGGGUAUGAACAGACCGAAAUAUGUUAAAACUUGAAAACGAACUCUAUGUCAGGUUUAUUCUCCUACUUAUCAAAGGAGGCACAAGUAUCCUAAGAAAGACAAUUAUCAAAGGCUUAGAAAAACGACAGGUUAGCCUUGAUGAUUUUCUUCGAGAAAAUAAACAACACAUUUGUAAAUCAGCUGGAAUCUCGAAGUUGCAACAAGUGUGUUUGUAUCCACCGGCACCUCACUCGUCAGAUAUUUCAAAAUGGGAUAUAUCAAUGUUGUCAUAUAUUGCAUUAACAUUUUUAAGUUCUUUGUUAUCUGGACCGGAAAAGAUAGCUGUGCGGAAAAUAAUGGAAAUGUGUAAUGUUGUUUGCAAACAUUCUGCGGAUGCUUCAAUGGAGGAACAGGUAUUUUCUAAACAUUGUAAGGAAUUGACAAUGAUGUUUGAAAAAUUGAGUAACAAAAUGCCUGAUAAGGACAAGAAUGAUUUAAUUGAUCUGAUUGCAAAACUUUCCGGCGACGGAUUUGAUUUCAGCAACGCAAUCGAAGAACUCAAACAUGUCGAAAGCAGAGAUGAUUUUUCCUGUUGUAUACAGAAAAGUCUUGAACAUCUCAACAAGUCUUUAAACGAUGGAACUGUUGAAGGAGCAGAGACUCAUGACGCUUCGAGUUUACUGAAGCAGCUAACAGACACUUUAACUGAAAUGGAGGAUCGAGGAAAGAGCAUGGACAUUGAAAAUAAAAUGACAGCAACAGUCAAUGUUUGUGGAGGCGAUGGACAAGCUGUAGAUCGUGUUGAAACCUUCCUAUUAUCUGCUUCAAUCGAGUACAUAGGAAAUGCUGAGUCGUCUGUUGUUAUUCCGACAAAUGUGAGAGAGUCUGUUGGUACAUUUUUGGAAGAUAUUGAACAACUAGAUGUAAAGAUAGAUUUCGUUACAAGAAGUCCAGUCAUGUACACGUUUGUUUGCUCAUCACUCGGUGUGCUGAAAGAUUUAAUUGAAUACUUCGAAGAUCCAAUGAUAAAGACGCGACUUGAUACAAUUUGUGAGGUCCUCCAAAAGGAGACUGGUCAUCAGGUGUUCCUUUCAGCAGGCAUUCAUUUGGAGCCACUACGAAACAUCUUAGAGAAACUUGAAAAAGAUAUGACAGACGUACCUCAGCAACAGCUAGGAAAAGACAAAAUCGAGGGAAACCAACCAAAUAUUGAUUCUAGAAGUCCAGAUUAUAGCAGCUCAAAGCACACACACGGAAAGGGUUUUGGAUCAGAAACAAAAAUUGAGACAAAACAAAAAUACGAUGAAAUUCGUACCGGAAACACAGCAGUUAUAAGAAGCUUGUUCGAGUCUGAAAAAGAAAAUUCAAGUGUCCGUGAAAUGAAUCCUAAAGAACCAAGUGUCAAGGAAGUAGAACAAACAUUAGGACGCCCAACAUAUGACGGAAAGAAAGAUAGCCAGUAUGUUUGCCCAGACACAACAGAAAUAGGAAAUGUCAGCAAAGGUAAGGAGAGAACAACAACGAACAAUAAAGGCGAUACUGAGUACGACGUUGAUACUGGGUUUGAUGUCAACAACACAAAUAAUUCUAAACGUACAGGCCCUUCAAAGAACAUGCAAUCCAGACAAUCGCAGCCGAAGUCGCACGCUGAAAAUAACAGAUGGGAACCUGAAUUAGGACAAUCAAUAAUGGUUCACUUUCAUGCCCUUAUAUCUCCGGAUUUUAAACUGGAACCAAGCGUAGAUAAAGUCGUUGUAAGAAUCGGAGAUGAUAGCUUUGGUGGAUGGAACAAUUACAAUCAUGAAAUGAAAUAUGUUAGGACGUGUAAAAAUCACCACAUAGAGAUGGAGUACUCUUUAUGUGUACCAAAAUCCCGAAUUGUUAGAGGAAACAAACAACUCAAUUACAAGUAUUAUGUGGUAAGGAACACAACAAAUAGCAAAGGAAAGACCAGGCAAAAUUUAUGGGACCACUAUUAUAUCAAAGGGAAUUCUGGACCAAAGAUCAACAGACGUUUAAACAUACCACAUUCUUUAACAGUCGGGUCUUGUCUUCCUGACGUCUUGCACCAGUACGAUGGCGUAGUGAAUAGAGAGCCUGAAGAGGGUGUCUUUAACUGGAUUAAAGACAAAUGGUCAAGAAAAAAUAGAUUUCAGGACGAUGCUGAACUAUCUGCAGAGGUGUUUGGUGGUGAAAUGACGGGUGUUUUGUACGAUAAAAAAAGUUCCCUGCAUGCCAUAUUUGAAACAACAGAAAAGAUGGAAUUACUUAUUCGUGGCAUUCAUAGCACAUACUGCAUCGAUGCUGAGUGUUACAGCACAGAAAAUGAAUGUUUCAACGUGCUUGGAAAAUAUCUGUUUUACCCAAUGUUUGCGUGUUAUGAAGAAGCUAUCAAUGCAGCUGAAAACACACAAAAUGAUAGACAGGCAAGGAUGGGGUUGCAAUUCUCGCUUUUAGCAAUAUUGAAAAGUUUGAACUGCUCCGGCAUUGAUGUCAAUACUGCCCGAGUCUUUUGCAAAACACUUAUUAUAAACAUAGAGCCUGAAACGAAUGAGUGCAGAGAACUGAAUUUUAUUUCAAGACAUAUUCCACAUCGACGGAAACUUUUGAAAGACGCUCUGGUUGAUUUUCUUCGAACGGUCGCAAUGACCUCCAACGAUCCAUCAUGGAUAUUUGCUAUGCCCCUUUUGCAUUUUCUUUCUGAUAAAUGUAGACCAUUCGAAAGAAAUGAAGAUGCUUCAAGCCACGACAAAGCUCCUACUUGGUGGGGAAUAUCUGAAAUUGGAAAGGAUGCUGUAGAUAUUUUCAAAAAUGUGAAAGAAUGGUCUAUGUAAG